AUGGCCGCUCUCGAAGGUGGCCAAAAAUUAAAAAUUGGCCGCUUAGGAGCAAAAUCUAACCAAAAAAUGCGGCCUAAAAAAGAAAUUUCGCCGCUUUUGAAAAAACUGAUAUCUCUUUUGGCUUCCAGAGCGGCUAGGCACACGAAUUGCACCAUGGCAG